UUUUUUUUUUUUUAAACUCCAGAGGUGGCUCUGUCUGAAGUUUACAACCUGGCCUCUCCUAUUAGCAUGAAUUCUAUUCAGCACUGUGGGGCUUCCUAUUUAGUCAAAGAACACUAUUUAAAUACGGUGUUGAGCAAUCUAUAUGGCACCUUCGGCACAGAGUUUUCCAGCCUGAGCAGCAAGUUCCUGAUCCUGUAAAUCAGGAGGCGGGCCUUUAUCACGCCAAAGGAAUGGCAGAGUCAUGCAAGGUUGCUUGGGAAUCUCACUAGCAUUUCUAAGCACCUGAGUCUGCCUCAGACUCCUUAUAAAUACAGCUUGACUCAGCCACGGUGUAACUGACACCCUUGGGACAUGAAGUGGAUACUGCUCUUUGGGGCCCUUAUUGUGCCCAGUAUCUGUGGCCGAGAAAAAUUUUCUGGGGACCAAGUGUUUAGGAUUAAUGUCAGAAAUGGAGACGAGAUCAGCAAACUAAAUGAGCUAAUGAAGUCAGACCACUUGAAGCUCAACUUCUGGAAAUCUCCCUCCACCUUGGGCCUUCCCGUGGAUGUCCUGGUCUCAUCCGCCAGUCUGCAGCCAGUCACAGUCUUCCUCCAGUCCCAAGGCUUAGAUUACUCCGUGACGAUUGAAGACCUGCAGGCCCUUUUAGAUGAAGAACAUGAAGAAAUGCAACACAACGAAGAGCAAGAACGGAGCAACGGUAACUUCAACUACGGGGCCUACCAUUCCUUGGAAGCUAUUUACAGGGAGAUGGACAGCAUCGCCGGAGACUUCCCCCAUCUGGCGAGCAGGGUGAAGAUCGGACGUUCGUUUGAAAACAGGCCGAUGUAUGUACUGAAGUUCAGCACCGGAAAGGGCAGUCAGCGGCCGGCCAUUUGGCUGAACGCAGGCAUUCAUUCCCGGGAGUGGAUCUCACAGGCCACGGCCAUGUGGACUGCGAGGAAGAUUGUAUCUGAUUACGGGAAGGAUCCAGCCGUCACCUCCAUCUUGGAGAAAAUGGAUAUUUUCUUGUUGCCAGUCGCCAAUCCUGAUGGAUAUGUAUAUACGCACACUCAAAACCGACUUUGGAGGAAGACACGGUCCCACCAUCCCGGAAGCUCCUGCAUCGGUGUUGAUCCAAACAGAAAUUGGAAUGCUAGCUUUGCGGGAGGGGGAGCCAGUGACAACCCUUGCUCCGAAGUGUACCACGGACCCCACGCCAAUUCCGAAGUGGAGGUGAGAUCGGUGGUAGAUUUCAUUCAAGAGCAUGGGAAUUUCAAAUGCUUCGUCGACCUGCACAGCUACUCACAGCUGCUGAUGUAUCCGUACGCGUACACAGACAAAAAGGCCCCCGAUGCUGAUGAGCUGGACAAGGUGGCGAAGCGCGCGGCCAAAGCGCUGGCCUCCCUGUCGGGCACCCGGUACCACGUGGGCUCCAUCUGCAGCACUGUCUAUAAGGCCAGCGGCAGCAGCACGGACUGGGCGUAUGAAAACGGCAUCAAGUACUCGUUCACUUUUGAGUUGAGAGAUACUGGGCACUACGGCUUCCUCCUGCCAGCCAACCAGAUCAUUCCCACGGCCAAGGAGACCUGGCUGGGGCUGAAGACCAUCAUGCAGUAUGCGCGGGACCACCUCUACUAGAUGAGGAGCCCGCUUCGUCUACACGUAUUGAUCCCUACGUAUGUAGACACACACGGAAGCCACUGUUAAAGGGAGCUUUUCUUUGCCCUGUGAGCCAGAGCCCUGUGGCUUUGUAGAAGUGGUCAGCCCCUCUCCAGCCCCGCUCCCUGAACUCCCUGCGCCGGCGCUGUCUGGUGCACCUGAGGGAAGGGCUUCUGUAACCUGCGGUAUUCUGAUCCUGGGGCUGGGCGGAGCUCUUUCUUUGCAGCCUCUCCUCACACACCCGC